CCGCGCGCACACUCUCAGAGCGGCGCGAGGAGCGGCGGAUGGAGACGGACCGGGACCCGGACCAGGACCGGGACCAUGGCGCGGGACGGAACCAGCAGCGCGUGCACGAGGGAGCGCGCGCGGCCGCUGACAGUGACGGUAACGGCCGCGAGCCUGGGUUUGAGCGCGCUCUCGUUCCUGCUCCUCGUGCUCGCCAUCAGCACCGACCACUGGCACGAGACGGACACGCGCGCGCACAAGCGCAACUGUGACCGCGCGGGCGCGGACUCCACGGACCAGAAGAACCGGGACGAGCCCAUCUUCCACCUGCCGCUCGUGGACGGCGGCCCGCGCGGCUCCGUGCUCAGGCCCGUGCACGUGGGCAGCCGCGAGGACGAGCUCCUGGAGAACUGGCGCGCGAUCCUCGGGAUGGGCAUCCUGGAGACGGAGUGCGGCCGCCCGCUCUUCUCCACGCACGCGGGGCUGUGGCGCAAGUGCUACUUCAUGGGAAAAGACCCGGAUAUAGACAAGCUGAUCCUGAAAGGAAUAGCUGAAAGGUGCACUCCGGUUAAGUACCACUUUUCCCAACCAAUCCGCCUCCGGAACAUUCCCCUGAACCUCACCCGGACAAUCCAACAGGACGAGUGGCACCUGCUACACCUGCGGCGCAUGACGGCGGGCUUCCUGGGCAUGGCGGCGGCGGUGUUGUUGUGCGGCGCUGUGGUGGCGAGUGUGGGAUUCUUCUGGGAGGAGAGUCUGACUCAGCACGUGUCCGGACUCCUCUUCCUCAUGGCAGGCCUGUUCUGCUCCAUUUCUCUGGUGACCUACACGGCGUCCGUGACCUAUGACCUCUCACGCACGCCGCCAUUUAUCUACGGGCUGCCGUCAGACGUGGAGCAGGGCUUCGGGUGGUCGCUGUUCUGCGCCGGACUCAGCCUGACCCUGACCGUCGCCGCGGGAGCCGUCGCCAUGGUGACGCCUUGUCUGCGCCGCCGCGGCAACAAGGCCCAGCGCCAAGACUCUGUUUGAACCCACCAAUCAGAGCCCAGGACUCCGCCCGGCAUUUACGCUGGACUAUACAGGGUCUCACUUCAGCAGGGUUUAGGUUCAAGGAUCGUAACCGGUUUUACAGGGGUCUGAGCAGGUCCAGAGGAGAAUCGUAACCGGUUUGGAGGAGGGUCUGAACAGUAUUAAGCUCAUCCAAUCAACACUUUUGCGUUUUGCUGUGAGCCU